AUGGGCAGGCCCCGGGCGCGGGCCGGCCCAGGGCUGCUGCUGGGCCGCGCCUGGCUCUGGUGGCGCCAGAGGCCUGGCUGGGCCGCCGCGGCGGCGGCGGCCUGCGGCGGCGCGCUCUUCGGCGCUUGCCAACCGCCGCAGCCGCACUUCGAUCAGGCCCGCCCGCCCCAAGACGUCUGUGGCCUGUCCGGCGCCACCAUGGUGAACAUCCCGAAGACGAGGAAUACCUACUGCCGCAAGUGCAAGAAGCACACCACGCACAAGGUCUCGCAGUACAAGACCGGCAAGGCCUCCCUGAGCGCCCAGGGCAAGCGGCGUUACGACAAGAAGCAGGCCGGCUUCGGCGGUCAGACGAAGCCGGUGUUCCACAAGAAGGCGAAGACCACCAAGAAGAUCGUGCUCAAGUUUGAGUGCACCAAGUGCAAGGCCAAGCGCAUGAAGCCGAUCAAGCGCACGAAGCACUUCGAGCUGGGCACCGACUCCAAGAAGGGCAAGGAGCCCCAUGCCUGA